CCCCGAGUUCAUAACGCGCGCACCUCCAGCUAAGAACCCAGCGAGCGGCCCCCAGUCAGUCAGUCCCUCGCCUGCACUCUUCCUUAGUUCACCUCCACCCAACGAACGACAAUAUGCUGACGCGGUUUGUGAGCGUGGUAGCGGUAGUGGCUGUGGUGGCCCUGUUGGGAGUCAGCAGGGUGUCAGCCAAGGCGCUACCUGACCAAGACCCCCAGGUAUAUGGCCAGAUGCCCCACAUGUUGGACCCAGCCGGGAACCAUCUGAUUGACGACGAUGGCUCCCUGGACGCUGUGCUCAUCAACUACCUCUUCGCCAAGCAGAUGGUGGAGCGUCUGAGAAACAACGCCGACAUCAAGGACCUGCAGAGGAAACGCUCCUACUGGAAGCAGUGCGCCUUCAACGCCGUCAGUUGCUUCGGCAAGAGGAAGUGAACACGCCAGCUAAGGCAGCAAGCAGAGUCAGCGGCGGGAGGAGCGGAGAGGCAGGGAACGGUGGUCAAGCGGUGUUGGUAAUGAGUGAGAGUAAUCAGGUGUUAGUGAGGAGCGUUCACUUACCGUCUGACCCGCCCCCCCGCCAUGCCGUCACUGCACACAACAACAGUAUCUCUGCAAUUCUGGAAAAAUGAAGCACCAGCCUCUGUAUCCUCACCCUUUGGUCUGGUCCUCCUCAUUCAAAUAUUCGUCGGAGAGAAAUAAAUUAUGUGAUAAAAUUACGACUGACUGAUAGAAGGCAAUAAAGUGGGCCUCUCCGUGUAGUAAUAAGCUUAAACAGUUCAAAGUAUAUCCUGCAUUUGUUACGUCACUGAGUCUUGAGGGAACUGAGGAUGACGCUUCUCACCACAGAGCCUGUUGAGGUCUGUUCCCGUCGUCUGCUUUAUAUUUAAUUAAUAUUUACUAUACUGCACAUAGAGAUGUAUCAGUACUAGAUAUAUAUAUAUAUAAAAAAUAUUGUCUGUCUGUAAUUGCAUAUAUAAAAGCUUAGUGUGGACGACCCGUGGAUCACCAUGAUAGGCUUGUGGUGUGCUGCUGCAUCAUGGCGGGAAAUACUCGUUUAUGGUCCACACAGCCAGCGUCCAGCCCAGUCCAGCCCAGCGUGCAACUCUUUCAGGAACUGCAGAUGAACCCGUGGAUGUUAACAUAUUAUGUAGCGUAGGUUGUAACCAUAAAUAAUAAAAAGCCCUAAAUCUCACACUUCAUCUUAGCGUGCAGAGGAGCAUCACACUACACUGUUAGUUGUGUCAUUAUUCAGUAUUUUAACUUUUAUUACAGUGAGUUUCUCUAUUAUUCGUUUAUCUGCUUGUUGACUGCACGAGGCUGUAGAUGGCGCUGUCUUUUGUGUCAGCAAACCACAUUGAUAGGCUGUUGUGUCAGCAAGCCAUGACGGUUGUCUUGUGUCAGCAGUCACAAUGGCAGUCUGUUGUGUCAGCAGUCACUAGGGCGGCGCCUCACGGCCUCACUGACGGAGGCUUCCUGUAGCCAGAGGUCAGAAGACUUUCCUCAUUGAUAAAUCAUUUAUGAAUUGCACUUCGCUUUAUUCAUGACGGUUACUUACUUUAUUUAUGUCACAUAUUUUGAAAUAAAAUUGGCUGAUUAA